GAACUGGAGAAGCAGAAGGCGGUGGUUGUGACAUGCGAUCUCAACUGUGCGCUCGAGGAGAUUGACAUUUUCCACCCCGAGAGCAACCGGCGGAGCUCAGGGUUUACGGAUGAGGAGCGGCCAUCGUUUGCAGCUAACCUGUUGGGUGUGCCCUGGGAAGGGGGAGAGGGGGGAGAUGAGGGGAAAGGGGGUGCAGGGGGGAAGGGGGAGAGUGCCGGGGAGAGUGGAGGUGGAGCGGAAAAUGGGGGGGGAGGGGUGGGGAAGGGCGAGGGUGUUGGGGGGGAGGGCCGAGGGGAAGCAGCAUGCAGCGUCCCAGUGCCGUGGCUUAUGCCUACUGGGGUAUUUGUCGAAAGCAAGACCUGCAAAUAG